AUGAAGGUCACCAGCGCAUCAGCUUUGUCUCUUCUGCUUGCUCUGGCCCAAGCCGCUGCCAUUGAGCGUCGCCAGCAAGGUGAUGGCCCAGGCGGAUCCGCAGAUGCGACGCAAGGCGACCUUGGUGAACGGCCACCGCCGCGGUUCCCGUUUCCUGUCACCAAGUUCCCGGUUCCGAACGAGACUGUUGUCCUUAAGGAAGCCAUGUACAUCCUUCCUGGGCAGGUCUUCGACGGAGGCAUGAAGCGUUACGAGCGUGUUGAAGGCAGCUGCAAUGAACAAGCUGAGGGCACGGAUGCCGACGCGGUCUUCAAUCUUCUCCCUGGCUCGACAAUCCGCAACGUCAUUAUUGGCAAACACCAGGCUGAGGGAAUCCAUGCAUUGGGCGACGCAUGGGUUGAGAAUGUGUGGUGGGAAGAUGUUUGUGAAGACGCCCUCACCUCGAAGGGCUUGAACACUCAAUUGAGAGUGAUUGGUGGCGGCGCUCGCAAUGCCACUGACAAGAUCUUCCAAGACAACUCUCUUGGCGGGAAGUACAACAUCACUGGCUUCUAUGCUGAUGGAUUCGGAACUUUCUACCAAUCUUGCGGUAAUUGCCUAAACCAGUCAAAGCGGAAUGCAACCAUUCAGAACGUCAUCGCAGUCAAUGGCAACAGGAUGGGCAUCAUUCGCAUCAAGAACACUCAGCUGAAAGACUUGAAGGUGAUGGUCGACAAAGAGAUCGCAAACAACAUGCAAACCGUUCCUAUCACGGUUGGCACCGGCCCAGAUCAGAAGUACGCCCUGUACAACGAGACGAGAGACGCUAUCACCGAGUGGGAAGGAAUUGUGGAGAACGCAUACGAGCCCGAGGAGCCAUAUGAGUGGCUUGAGGCUUACUGGCCGGAUGGAUUCAACUGA